GCAACUAUCAGUAAACAUUGUGUAAUUUCAGGCCAACCAGACAAUUACCAAACAAUUCUUUGAAUUUAGUUGAAUUCAAUCAAUAAUUAACAAAGAAGGGAGUCGAAGCUGCAAUAAUAAGGUUUCCAGGUUUCCAACUUGCAACUCGAUAUCUGAACUAAAUUUCAACUUGAACUAACAAUGCACCAACAAGACUUAGAGAAAUUGUAUUCACCGAGUCAGUGGACUCGAAGGUUUUCUUCCGCUGACGAAGUCAUCCAGCAUCAUUUAAAAUUUAUAGAAAAAGCUAGUGCUGAAACACGUGAUAAAGUCCCAUCGCAACUUGAUGUCCCAUAUGGGAGCACCCAACGCCAAAAAAUCGACAUUUUUGGGACGGAUUUGGACGACGGGGCCCCAAUUUUUGUUUUUGUGCACGGAGGCUACUGGCAAAUGAAGGCCAUCUCCAAGUCCAGUUAUCACUUUCUGGCCCGGAACUUUUACAAAAACGGUAUCAAGAGCAUUUUUAUUGGCUAUGACCUUUGCCCCGACGUCCCCUUAUCACAAAUAGUGGCCCAAACCCAAUCAGCUGUUGACAAAUGCCUCGAAUAUGCGAAAGAAACACGCUCAAAAGGCUUGUAUUUGAUGGGGCACUCGGCGGGGGCCCAUCUCGUGGCCUCAAGCCUCCACUCUGUGCCCCCACAAGACCGCAAGCUGGUCAAGGGGGCCAUUCUCGCGUCGGGAGUCUUCGAUUUGAGGCCACUUGUCUCAACUGAAGUUAACCAACCGUUGAAACUUGACGAAAAACUGGCCACAGAAUUGAGUCCUUUAAAACAAGAUUUUGCGAAAGAAUUUGGCGAAACGUCGUUUCUUGUGAUUGUGGGGGAAUACGAGAGUCCAGCAUUUGUGAAACAAUCGGAACUAUUUAGCGAAAAGUUGCUCAAUUUGGGCCUCAAAUCGCAGUUUUGGGUGGUCCCAAAAGUGGACCAUUUCGACAUAAUUGAGUCGUUUUUUGAGGAUAGUUUUACAAUUUUUAGCAAAAUUGUUGAUCUGAUUCAAUAAAACCGCGUAAAUCCCCCCAAA